CGGCUUCGGGCUCGCCGACCUCCACAUCCUGGAGCUCUGUGACCACGACGAGGGAUUGGGCUGCGCCGCGGGAGAGGAAGUGUUAUGAUGAGUGCGGAUCUUGACGCUGCUCGUGGGCCGGAUCUUGCGGCCGUCUUUGUACCACGCCCCAGGGACAUUCUCCAGAGACACCUCACACAUGAAGACAGCGUUCUGGUCCUCCUGGAUGGAAAGGUCCUCCAGGGCGUGCACUACCUCCAACGUGUGCUCUGUGAGAGAGGGAAAGAUGACUACAAGUUGGCGGCGACCUCCGAGAAGCCGACCUCCAAGAAGGCGAAGAAGGAGAAAGGGAAAAGGGAUAUGGAGGAGCUGAAGAAAGAAGUCGACCUGGAUGAUCACAAGUUAACCCUGGAUGAGCUCCACAGAAAAUAUGGAACCGACCUCGCCAGGGGUCUUUCCAACACCAGAGCCAAGGAGAUCCUGCUCAGAGACGGCCCCAACGCCCUCACGCCCCCCCCCACGACGCCCGAAUGGGUCAAGUUCUGCAGACAGCUGUUUAGCGGGUUCUCCAUGCUGCUGUGGAUUGGUGCCAUCCUCUGCUUCCUGGCUUACGGUAUCCAGGCUGCCUCAGAAGACGAACCGGCCAAUGAUAACCUGUACCUGGGCGUCGUGCUCUCCGCCGUCGUCAUCAUCACCGGCUGCUUCUCCUACUACCAAGAGGCCAAGAGCUCCAAGAUCAUGGACUCCUUCAAGAAACUGGUCCCACAGCAAGCCCUGGUCGUCCGCGACGGCGAGAAGAAGAGCAUCAACGCCGAGGAGGUGGUGGUCGGAGACCUGGUGGAGGUGAAGGGUGGAGACCGGAUCCCCGCUGACUUGCGAGUCAUCUCUGCUCACGGCUGCAAGGUGGACAACUCCUCCCUGACCGGUGAAUCCGAGCCUCAGAGUCGUACUCCGGACUUCACCAACGACAACCCGCUGGAGACCAGGAACAUCGCCUUCUUCUCCACCAACUGCGUCGAAGGGACCGCCAGAGGAGUCGUCAUCAACACCGGAGACAACACGGUCAUGGGCCGCAUCGCCAGCCUGGCGUCCAGUUUGGACGGCGGCAAAACCCCCAUCGCCAAGGAGAUCGAGCACUUCAUCCACAUCAUCACCGGCGUGGCCGUCUUCCUGGGCGUGUCCUUCUUCGUCCUCUCGCUCAUCCUCGGGUAUGGCUGGCUGGAGGCCGUCAUCUUCCUCAUCGGCAUCAUCGUGGCCAACGUGCCGGAAGGUCUCCUCGCCACCGUCACCGUGUGUCUGACGCUGACCGCCAAGCGCAUGGCGAAGAAGAACUGCCUGGUGAAGAACCUGGAGGCCGUCGAGACCCUGGGCUCCACCUCCACCAUCUGCUCCGACAAGACCGGCACGCUGACCCAGAACCGGAUGACCGUGGCCCACAUGUGGUUCGACAACCAGAUCCACGAGGCCGACACCACGGAGAACCAGAGCGGCGCCUCCUUCGACAAGAGCUCCGCCACCUGGGGCGCCCUGUCCAGGAUCGCCGGCCUCUGCAACCGCGCCGUGUUCCUGGCCGAGCAGUCCAACGUGCCCAUCCUGAAGAGAGACGUCGCCGGUGACGCCUCCGAAGCUGCCUUGCUCAAGUGCAUCGAGCUGUGCUGCGGACCUGUCGGCAACAUAAGAGACAAAUACGACAAGCUCUCUGAGAUCCCCUUCAACUCCACCAACAAAUAUCAGCUCUCCAUCCACAAGAACACAACUCCCGGAGAGACCAAGCACCUGCUGGUGAUGAAGGGCGCCCCGGAGAGGAUUCUGGACCGCUGCUCCACCAUCCUGUUGAACGGCAAGGAGCAGCCUCUGGACGAAGAGCUGAAGGACGCUUUCCAGAACGCCUACGUUGAGCUGGGAGGCCUCGGAGAGAGAGUGCUGGGUUUCUGCCACUACAGCCUGCCCGACGACCAGUUCCCAGAGGGCUUUGCGUUCGACACCGAGGAGGUGAACUUCCCCACGGAGAACCUGUGCUUCAUCGGCCUCAUGUCCAUGAUCGACCCUCCUCGCGCCGCCGUGCCCGACGCCGUCGGCAAAUGCAGGAGCGCCGGAAUCAAGGUCAUCAUGGUGACAGGCGACCACCCAAUCACAGCCAAGGCCAUCGCUAAGGGCGUGGGCAUCAUCUCCGAAGGCAACGAGACCGUGGAAGACAUCGCGGCCCGCCUGAAUGUACCAGUGUCAGAAGUCAACCCCAGGGACGCCAAGGCCUGCGUGGUCCACGGCGGCGAGCUGAAGGAUAUGACCGCCGAUCAGCUCGACGACAUCCUGAAGUACCACACGGAGAUCGUCUUCGCCAGAACCUCCCCGCAGCAGAAACUCAUCAUCGUGGAGGGCUGCCAGAGACAGGGCGCCAUCGUGGCCGUGACGGGCGACGGCGUGAACGACUCUCCCGCCCUGAAGAAGGCGGACAUCGGCGUCGCCAUGGGCAUCUCUGGGUCCGACGUCUCCAAGCAGGCCGCCGACAUGAUCCUGCUGGACGACAACUUUGCCUCCAUCGUGACCGGAGUGGAAGAAGGCCGUCUGAUCUUCGACAACUUGAAGAAGUCCAUCGCCUACACUCUGACCAGUAACAUCCCCGAGAUCUCCCCCUUCCUCCUCUUCAUCAUCGCCAACAUCCCCCUGCCCCUGGGCACCGUCACCAUCCUCUGCAUCGACCUGGGAACUGACAUGGUGCCCGCCAUCUCCCUGGCUUAUGAAGAAGCCGAGAGCGACAUCAUGAAGCGAAAGCCCAGAAACCCCAAAACGGACAAGCUGGUGAACGAGAGGCUCAUCAGCAUCGCCUACGGACAGAUCGGCAUGAUGCAGGCCACCGCCGGGUUCUUCACAUACUUUGUGAUCCUGGCGGAAAACGGCUUCCUCCCCUACGACCUGCUGGGGAUCAGAAUGCUGUGGGAUGACAAAAUGGUCAACGACCUGGAAGACAGCUACGGGCAGCAGUGGACAUACGAGCGCAGAAAGAUCGUAGAGUUCACGUGUCACACGGCGUUCUUCGCCAGCAUCGUGGUCGUCCAGUGGGCCGACCUGAUCAUCUGCAAGACCAGGAGGAACUCCGUCCUGCAGCAGGGGAUGAAGAACCGUAUCCUCAUCUUCGGACUGUUCGCGGAGACAGCUCUGGCUGCCUUCCUGUCUUACUGUCCGGGCAUGGACAUUGCUCUCAGAAUGUACCCUCUCAAGCCAUGCUGGUGGUUCUGUGCCUUCCCCUACUCCCUCCUCAUCUUCCUGUAUGAUGAAGCCAGAAGAUAUAUCCUCAGACGCAACCCAGGCGGUUGGGUGGAGAAGGAGACAUACUACUGAGUCAACACACAGUCAGUGCUUCAUCGUUAUUUACUGCCAUGUUACAUAUUUGUCUGAUAUGUCAGUCAGACCCCGAAAAAGACACAAAGCAUGGAUGAAAUAAGAAUAUUUUGAUGUAUAUGUCGUUCACAAUAAAACAUUUCCGUACUCCUGUACAUUGAUGCCA